UUAAAAAAUCCGAACCAACCCGACCUAUAUACACCCCUAAGUAUAACAACAAGUAUAUAUAUGGGCUCAAAGUAUAACAAUAUGUACAUUUAAACUUUUACUGAUAGUACUCUGAGAUAUAUUUGAUAAAGACAAUACCAAUUUGUUUCUCAUUCAAGCUAUUAGCAUUUAAAACAUGUAAAUUUCAAUUAAAGAGGCUGAUGCGCCGUUGGACGUGACAAACUACUGAACUAUCAAUUAAAAUUGACUUGUACAAUCUCAACUAUAUAUAUAUAUAUGGCGUCAUGUUUGAUGGAUAGGAGUGAAGGAAGCUUCCCAUUUCUUUCUUUAAAACCACUUAUUCUAGAAUCCUUUUCUUCCCUAUUUAAUGAUGAAUUGAUCAUUUUCAAUAUUCAUUCCCCAUCAUAUGAUCUGAUUCUGUCAAUGCUUUCCUGUUUUAUACGAACUCCAAAAAAACAAGUUCACGUACGGCCAUAUAUAUAUCCAGCUAACUAGUAUAGGAUGAUGGAGGAUCAAGACAUACAGUGGAGGAAUUGACCUUGAAGCUCAGGGGAAUUCGCCGCUGCUAAUUACUGAUGAGGAGGUCAGCUCUCAUUGUCCGAUCUGCUCAGAUGUUCAUUGAAGCUGGAGCAAAAAUAGCAUCUCUUUCUCGAGUGACGUCAUCCUCCACCAUCAAUAUUUAUGCUCCUCUUAACAGCUUUAAUCUUCAACAAUAUGGAGAAUUGGAAGCUUCUGGAGAUCAAAUACAGCUUGAUGAAGUUGUCGCAGCUUCACCUGAUGGUGCCUGGCAUGUUAAUAUUGUACAAUCAGACAAUGAUCAUAUUGAGAUUGAGCUUCAGCCUCAUCAGCAUUGCUUACAGAUUAGCAAGAUUAAUGAGAUUGUGAAGGAGAAGAACAUGGAUUCACUUCACAAUUUUGGAGGAGUAAAGGGGGUUGUAGAAGCAUUGAGUAGUGAUGUCGAGAAAGGAAUUCAUGUUGGAGACAUUUCUCGCCGCAAGGGGAUAGACUUGUCUCAUCACAUGACCUUCACUGAGUAUGGCCACUUCUUCCUACAAUUAGCACGCAAGGAACCAACAAUUUUGCUCCUUGCAGUGGCUGCAAUAUUGUCAUUUGCUUUUGGAAUCAAUGAAGAAGGUAUGCAGAAUGGCUGGUUUGAAGGAGCACUUUUGCUUGUGAUCAUAUUUGUGACUGUACUGAUUAAGAUAGCAAGAAUUUGGUACCAAAGGCGCUGUUGGAAGAAGCAAAAUGAUCACAAAGCAAACGCGAUACAAGUUAUGAGAGGAGGCAAAGAAGUGGCAAUCUCGGCCUCAGAUAUUGUUUACGGCGACAUAGCCUUCGUGAAGAAAGGACAUUCUGUUCCUGCACAUGGUUUGUUUGUUUCGGGUGAAGCAUUAGAGCUGUUCCAGCUGGAUGAUGGAAUAUUGUCCAUCGUCAAUGAGAAAAGUCCAUUUUUGCCUCCUGGUUCUAAGGUGAUUAAUGGUGAUGCUAGAAUGAUUGUUACAAGUGUUCAAGUGGACAAACCAAGCCAAGAAAACAAGAUUUCUGAAACGGAGUCCAAUUUUUGUGCCUACUUUGACAAGUUGAGCAAUUGCAUACAUAUUGGUGGGCUAUUGAUUAGCAUUUUGAUCAUUUUGGUGGUGUUCUUGCGCUUUAAAUUGGGCAAGAAAGAUGACGAGAACGGAUAUAGGUUAGAAACCAAGGGAGAACCAGCUGAACUUGCAUCAAUAGUGAAUGCCAUGAAGAAGGUUUUAACAGAAACAAAGGAAACAGCAAGAGUUUGGAUAGCUUUACUCGGUGUUACAAUGUUGGGGAUGACUGAAGGAAUACCAUUUCUUGUUUCAAUUGCAAUAGCAUAUUGGAAUUUAGAUGUUAAGAUGGAACCAGUCACCACUAUCUGUAUAGAAAAGGCUAGCUGGUUGAAAGAGCAAAAAUUGGAAGUUACUCAGUUUUUUCUUGGCAAAAAAGAUGUCACCGAGAUACCGCCACAUGUCUGCAGUGUUCUCUCUGAUGGAAUUGUUGUGUCCACUCUGACUUCUCAAAGAGCCUACCACAGAAUAGAAGAACCAAUACUAUGUUGGGCCGAGAAGAACACGGGUAUGCAAAGAGAGACUUUUGAUCAGCAGUGCACCAUAGUGAAUGACAAUGAUAUUGAGAUGAACCCUUUAGAAGAACCUUGUGGAGUUGUCAUAGAGAAAAAUGGAGACAAUGGGAAAGAGUACUAUUCACACUUCAAGGGCCCUGCUGAAUCAAUAUUGUCCAAGUGUUCCAGUUACUAUGACUUAGAAGGUCAAGUACAGCCCUUGGAUGAUGAAAGAAAGAGUGACUUUGCUCGAGUUAACAACAAUGUGAACGUAGUUGCAUUUGCCUGCAAACGUACUCAGGUUGCCGAACUUGAUGAAAAUGGGCUAACAUUCAUUGGUAUGCUUGUCUUAGAAGAUAGUACUAUCAAUCUGGACAACAUGAAGCAAGCAAUUGCGACUCUGAAAAAAGGCGGAGUGAAGACCAUAUUUGCCUCAGAAGAAGAUGUUGAAGUACUUGAUACUAUUGGUCAUGACACAGGAUUGCUCAAUUCACACGAUGCUCUAGUGGUUAAGGGUGAAGAUUUCUACAACUUCACUGCAGAUGAUAGGAAGGAAAAAGUUGAGAAAAUUUUCAUAAUGGGAAAUUCCUCUCCCGCACACAAGCUUCUUCUCAUAGAGUGUUUGAAGAGAAAAGGUGAAGUGGUGGUUGUGGUAGGAGAACAAGUAGCAGGUGAGUGUAAUCAGCUGGUACUUGAAGCAGCUAAUUUUGGCCUGCCUGUGGUGACUAAUGUAAUGAACUGGCCUGAAAUUAUAACUUUCGUGAUAAACAGGAUAAAGGGAGGAAGAAUUGUUUGUGAGAAUCUAAGGCAAUGGAUCCAACUUGAGCUAAUCUUGGCAAUCAGUAGCUCAUCAAUAAACUUCAUACUGGUUAUAUGCAACAGAGAUGCCCCAUUAACGACAAUUCAGUUAGUUUGGGUUAACCUUCUUGUUACGUUUAUUGGAGGGCCAGCUUUGCUAAUUACUCAACAGACCACAAGAAAACUAAGGGAUGAACUAUCUAUCAAACCGAGAAAACCCCUAGUUACCAAGGUGGUGUGGAGAAACAUACUAUUUCAAGCUAGUUAUCAGACUGGCAUUUUUGUAUAUCUGCAACACCGAGGAAGUGCAAUUCUGUACAUCACUCCAAAAGUUACCAAAAGUGUAGUCUUUAACGGGUUCGCUUUGUGCCAGAUUUUUAACAUGUUCAGUGCAAGGGAGGUGGAACAGAAGAACUUUUUCAAGGGACUUGGCCAAAAUUACUGGUUUUGGGCAGUGUCUGGGCUCUUUCUUGUGUUACAGGUGGGAUUCAUUGAAGUAGAGCCUCUCUUUAGCAAUACGGCACGACUGAAUUGGGAGCAAUGGGGUGGAUGCAUUUUGAUUGGAGCUGUUACAUGGCUGUUUGAUUGGAUAGUAAAAUGGGUAUCAGAAUACAUAAAGAUAGAUAAAUGUGACUGUGGGGUUCUUCACCUAGCUAGAAAGUGCAUAUCCAAUAUUGAUUUCAAGUAUUGCUUUAACAGAAUCAGUUGCUGCCUAAUCAUAUUAUAGCAAGUUCAAACAAAAAAGCUUUCUUUUUCUUCCUAAAAAUUUGGACAUCAAGUUCUAGUUCUUCUUCUUUUGCAGGGCUGGAUAACGAAUAUCGCAUUCACACGUCGUGUGAAAUCAACCAAGUGUAGAGCUAAUACUUUGGUGGAUUAAUCGUAUUGCAGUAGCUGCAGUUUUGAGUA